AUGGUCAAGACACUUUCCAUUGGUGGCCGGCAGGUCCCCGUUCCCGGUUUUGGCGCCAUGGGCCUCAAUUCCGCCAUGGGGACCGAUCUUGACCUCGCCCAAUCCGAGCCUGUUCUUUUGAAAGCCAUUGAGCUAGGCUGUACGUUUUGGGACACCGCGGUUGCUUACAAGAACGGCGAAAACGAGAAGUUGCUGGGAGAUUUCAUUAGAAAGCACAAUGUCCGCGAUGAAUUAUUUGGUGAGCAAAACAGCGCUGACACUUUUUUGUUUGCACUACGCCAUUUUCUUACAUUUCAUGGGAACGCAGUGGCCUCAAAGUGCGGGUUCGACGUCUUCGGUCCGCAACGCAAAGUAACAAACUCGGCCGCCCACAUCAAGGAUUACAUUGAGGGGACUAUCGAACGGCUUGGUUUUACUCCAGACCUCUACUAUCUCCACAGAAUUGACCCCAAUACGCCCCUCGAGGAAUCCAUCGGCACGCUGGAUGAACUUCGACGCAGUGGAAAAACCAAGUACAUUGGCUUAUCCGAAUGCUCUGCUGCAACUUUGCGGAAAGCAAAUUCGAUUGCUAAGAUCGAUGCUGUUCAAGCCGAGUACUCUGCUUUUGAGACGCUUCAUGAAAAUAGUGGCCUCAUUGAGACAGCAAAGGAACUGGGUGUGGCUUUUGUGGCUUUUAGUCCUCUAGGGCACGGCUGGCUUGUAGACGAUUUCCCCUUCAAGUCUCCAGACGACUUUGCCCCCAACGAUUUUCGACGCACUGUCCCUAAGUUCCAAGGGGAGAACUUCUACAAGAACAAGGCUAUUGUUGAUGAGAUCAAGAAAUUGGCGACCAAAAAAGGUUGCUCAGUUUCGCAGAUCGCCUUAGCUUGGGUCGCUGCGCAAGGGUUGAUUUCUAUCCCAGGGACUACCAAAGCCUCGCGGUUGGAAGAGAACUGGGCGUCGCGUGAUAUCGAAUUGACAGAAGAUGAGCUGACAGAGUUGCGAAAGAUUGUGAACGCUACGAAGCCAUCUGGAGAGAGAUUCUCUGAGAUUUAUCAAUCAAUGGUUGGCCAUUAG